AAGGAAAGAGGAGGGAGAGGAAGCUAUUUACUUAAUUUAGUCCCCAUUCAUUCUUAGGAACGUCAGCAGCAGAGUAGAUCCACUGAGGAGCUUUCUGUCCUCCAGUUCAGAAAGGAAUGCAUGGAGGGUCUGUCCAAAAUUGUGAAGAAGAUUCAAGAGAAGAGCCCUUUGAAAUUCCCAACUGUAAGGCAAAUGACUUGUCUUAACCCAGCUGUGAUGUAUUCAAAUCCAGAAUUGUGUCAGGGCCAGAUGAAGUGUCUAGUCAAAAGGUUUCUUCAAGACAAGCAGUUAGACGGGGUUGCUACAGGUGAUCUGAUCAUUCAGCAAUUUUCACAAUUGUUGUCCCUGGAGGUGAGGAAUGAGAAGUUCCUGUCUUUCAAGCCCCUCGAGAAGAGGCUGGAUGUGUUUCUCCAUCCUUACAUAAGUCAGCCCUACCCACAGCUCUGGGCUUUCAUCAGAAACCCUCUGCUCCUCUCCCAUGGGCAGGCUACGGUGGAGAGGGGCUUCUCUAUCAAUAAACAAGUAGAAACUUGUAAUAUCCAAGAGGACACUGUCAUUGCACAAAGAGUUGUGUGCGAUUACGUGUCCAUGCAUGGGGGUGUUACCAAGGUGCCCCUCACACCAGAGCUCCUGUCUUCAGUCACAUCAGCAAGGGUGAGGUACAGGAUGCAUCUUGAAAGUGAACGAAAGAAAAAAGAUUCUCAAGCACAUAGUCAAAGAAGAAUAAUGAUUGAAGAGGAGUUGGAGCAGCUAAAAAAGACAAGACAGACCAUCCAGGAAGUUGCGGAGCAUCUGAGGAGGGAUGCAGACAAGAUGGCAGAGGAGGCUGAGGGCAAACAAGGCAGCAAAAUGGCAGAGCUAAUUGCCAAGUCAAACGCGUUGAGAAGAAGCUACAAGCAGAAGUUGACAGAACUUGAGAGCCUGGGCGAAAGAAUUGCAACCAAGGCAGCAGAGCUGCGAAGGCUGAAAGUGUUCAACACCAAGUUCAAAUCUAUUUGUUUAUUACAAAUCAAAUGUGUUACGCUGUUGCGUAUGUAUUAA